AUGGCCGCAGACGCUGCAGAAGGUGCAGAGCACCCUCUCGAGCGUGCCCACUUCUGGUCAGUGGCGAGCAUCAGUUGGCUGACACCUCUGGCGCGGAAAGCAGUAAAGGGCAAACUAGAGGUCCAUGAUGUUUGGGAAGCACCUGCAGGACAAACGGUGGACACAGCCGUGCAUCGCUUCAAGCUUGCUUGGGAGGUGGAGCAGCAGAGGAAAACGCCAUCGGUCGCCAGGGCCAUGAUUCGCGCGAAUGCAGGUCGCGUGGCGGCUUCUGGAUCCUUGCUGCUCCUGUUCAUCAGCGUGCAGUUGGCCCAGCCACUCCUCAUCCAAAGCUUGGUGAGUUUUCUCAACACGCCCGCGGCCGCUCCAGGUGAAGGCUGGCUGAUGGCUUCCCUGAUCUUUAUGUCGGCCCUGGCAUCCUCGGUCCUCGUCUCCGAAUUCUUCCGGCACGGCUUCGUCUUGGGAGUACUGUCGAGGACUGCUGCCAUGAGUGCCAUCUACGAGAAGGCCAUCAACAUGUCUGUGCUGGCACGAUCUGGCGGCUCUACGGGCAAAACCACGAACUUGAUGGCCGUUGACGCUGAGAAAUUCGCUAUGGCCUCCCAAGUCUUUCAUUUUCUUUGGAUCAGCCCGGUGAUGAUGAUAUGCUGUGGCAUUGUCAUGGCCUUCCGCAUCGGCCCCGCAGGAUUUAUCGGUUUGGCGUUCUUAUUCGUCACAGUUCCGGUUCAACACCUCCUCGCGAAGAAAGGAGGCCAGAUUCGUGUCAAAGCCCUGGCCUUCACUGAUGAGCGAAUGAAGUUCGUCACUGAAGUGGUGCAGGGUAUCCGAGUGGCCAAACUCUAUGCAUGGGAAGCUGCCAUCUUCCAAUACGUUGCUUCUGUUAGACGGCGAGAGUGUGCAAAGCUUUGCGCCUCCCUUUUGAUGAAGAUUGCGGUGCGCGAGGGCCUCCUCUUAGUAGCACCGGCCGUUGCUUUGGGGCUGAUACUGGCCGGGAAGAUGUGGCAGGAUGGGGAGCUGGAGCUGUCGGAGGCCAUCAUGAUCCUUGGACUACUGAACACCCUCAGGUUUCCGAUGAACUUGCUCGCGCUGUCAUUUGCGACAACUCAAGACUGUCUCGUAGCAGCAAAGCGAAUCUCCGCGUUUCUCCUGCUUGAAGAGAGUCGUCGGCGUGCUGAAGCUCCCAGAAACGACCCGGAGUAUUCAGCUGAUGCAGCUCAUGCCGCUUUUGCCGAGGGGGUUGUGUGUUGCUGGGAUCCCACCCUGGCCUUUCGCUUGCGGAUCACUUCUUGUCGGCUGGUUCGCGGCAGCCGAGUCGCCAUCCUGGGCCCAGUUGGCUCUGGCAAGACCUCCUUCCUGUCGAUGCUGCUAGAUGAGAUGCAUCUUCUCCAAGGCAGCAGCUUUCUGGAUGGCCGGGUGGCGUACCUGGCACAGGUGCCCUGGAUCCAGAAUGCCAGUUUGCGAGCAAACAUCCUUUUCGGCCUGCCCAUGGAUGAGGACAUUUACGAUCAGACUCUGGAAGCUGCGGCGCUGCAGACUGACUUAGAAGCCUUAUUGGAUGGAGACCUGACAGACAUCGGAGAGCGGGGGAUCAACCUCUCUGGGGGGCAGAAAGCUCGGGUGGGCUUGGCACGCUGCCUGUAUGCAGCUGCAACAAGAAAUGCUGAUGUUGUCAUCUUGGACUCCCCCUUUGCCGCCUUGGACACGCUGACGGCGCAAACUGUUGUUGAGGGCCUGAUCCGCAUGACCAGUGGUUGCACAUUGGUGUGUGCCGUGUCCGCCCACACUCAUCUCUUGCGGAACUUUGAAAGGAUUCUCAUCAUGAGUGAUGGGGCGAUCCUUGCAGAUGGAUCUCCGGAAGAGCUGCGCCAGCAAGUCGGAAAUCUUCCCCACGCGGGCACUGAGCCGACACAGACCAAGCCAAUCGAAUCUAUGAAGUCGCCGAGCAAGGCCCCAAGAGAUGCAUCUCGGCGUUUGAUGCGAGCAGACACCGUGGCCCAGACCUUCCCACUCACUGCUCUGGGCAAGUGGCUUGGAGGGCCUGGUGGGUGUUCGCAACGGGGUUUACUCAUUGGUGUACCCAUUUGCCUUAUCUUCUUGGCAGGACAAGGUUGUCGCGUCAUCACCGAUGUGAGCCUCACUGAAUGGGCCGCUGGCCAGUCGGAGUUCUCCACUUCUUUAGUCUUGCUUGCUGUGCUGGUGGUGCUGUCGGUGCUGCGCAUAACCUUUUGUGCGCUGGCCAGCUUUCGCGCCGCAAGGCUUCUGCACAAUGACAUGUUUUGGCGUCUCCUGAGGGCACCUGUCACGACCUACUUUGACGUCGUCACGACCGGAGAAAUCUGUAAUAAAUUGUCCAAAGAUCUGGAGUUCACAGACACUCAACUGCCGGAGCUUUUAACUCAGUUCUUGUCAAACACCUCGCUGCUCUUUAUCAUCUUCGGGCUGACCAUCUUUGCUGUGCCGUGGUUCGCUGCCAUUCUGUGCUUGCUGUCAACUGUCUUCGUCAUGGUUGCCGUUCAGUCGGGAUAUCUCUUGCGUGCUCUGCAGCGAUUCGAAAGUGCCUCGAAAUCUCCGAUCUACACCUCCUUCUCGGAGACAUUGUCGGGCUUGCAGACAAUCUGUGCUUGGGGACAUCAGGAGCGUUUUCACGAAGCGCACACGAAGAUUAUGCGGCAGAACCUGCGCUUCUUUCACGCAGCCAGCAUGUCUGACAUUUGGCUCCAGUUUCGCUUGGAACUCUUGACCGUGUUUAUCAUCGGCAGCUUCACAUUCCUGGCUGUCGGCCUCCGAAGCUCCAUAGAUGGCAACACCGUGGGUUUGGCGCUUGUCUAUGCGAUACAGAUGACGGCGAUGUUCCAGAGAUGCACGAAGCUGGCAAUCCUUAUCGGGCAGAUGCUGACCGCUUGCGAGCGUGUUCUGAGUUUCGAGAAAGCUCCACAAGAGCCUGAUCUUGUUCAGCCACAGGACAUCAAGCUGCACGAGUGGCCACAAGGAUCCAUCGCAUUCAAUGAUGUUUCUGUGCAGUACCGGGAUGGUGACCUGGUCUUGAAGGAUGUUUGCUUUUCCGCCAAUGCGGGUACUCGCGUAGGGAUUUGUGGACGAAGCGGCGCCGGUAAAUCGAGCAUUGUCAUGGCUCUAUUUCGCAUGGUUGACCCGUGUGGAGGCAGAAUCAUGAUCGAUGGCAUUGACAUCGCGACGGUCGGCGUGCACACCCUGCGGCAGAAUCUAGCCAUCAUCCCGCAGGAGCCCAUCGUCUUCAGUGGCUCUUUACGCUCCAACUUGGACCCAUUUCGCCGGGUUUUGGACGACACCGUGCUCACAGGCGCGCUGGAGCAGGUGGGUCUACAGGGUCUUGUGAAGGAGGCGGGCUUGGAGAUGGCGAUUGCCGAACAGGGCGGGAAUCUCUCGCAGGGUCAGCGACAGCUGCUGUGCAUUGCCCGGGCUUUUGUCAGGAAGAACCGGAUCAUGGUGCUGGAUGAAGCCACAUCUUCUGUGGAUGAGCAGACAGACGCUCUCAUCAAGAACGUGCUCCAAGCGCACUGGUCCCAAGGUCAUCAACAGUGUACUGUCCUCACUGUCGCCCACCGCUUGAGCACUAUACUGGAUUAUGACAGGAUUCUGGUGCUGAACAAGGGGGAGGUUGUCGAGUUUGAUGCUCCAGCCGAGCUGCUCUCGCGCCCGGGAGGCUCGGAGCUGGUGGUGGCGAAUGGGUACCGCUCUGAGCCUCGCCUCCCUGAACCAUGGAAGUCGUGGGUCCUGGCCGCGUUGGAGGUUGCUGCGCAGGCCGCCCAAGACAGCCAGAUCAAAUGGAUCGCUCUCGAGAUCAUGCGCGACCGAGCGCACAGUAUACUGCAGAAGGCCGUGUUCCAGGGCCUUCGCAACAUUUCCAUCGUUUGCGGGGAAGCUGCUCAGACUUUGGAGUCGCUAUUUCCAAGCAGCUCUAUCUCCCACAUUUUUAUCAAUUUUCCCGAGCCGCCUUUCGUGUCUGGCGACGAGGCGGCAGAGUCUAGCUUUCACAUGAUGACCGAGCACCUUUUCGUAGAGAUGGAUCGUGUCCUACGGAAUGGAUGCCGCAUCACCAUCCUCUCGGACAAUGCAAGGUACAUGCGGACAGUUGCCAAAACCGUGGCCAGCCUUGCCUCGGCGCAGAGGGUCCGCUUGGCCUCCGCCGGUGCAAAGCAGCUGUGGGGCCGUGGCGAGUGUCCGGAACAUGAGACCGUUCAUGGCGUGGAGCUCUACCAGGGCUGGCCGGAGGCUUCCUGUGGCCAUGCCGUGAAGGCAAGCUCCUACUUCGACACCCUUUGGGCCAUGGGAAAACGUGUAGAUCGCUUCUACAUGGUCCUGAGAUCUUCAGAGCGGCAAGAAGCGCAGCUCCACAAGAGACAGGAAAUCGACCAAAGUGCCAAAGUUCCGUGGUUUGGGAUGUGGGAUGUGCUCGCUUUCUCCAUUGAUGCUGUCAGCUGCGUGGCUGCAGUCAUGUCGGCUGCAGCUGCGGAAGAGUUGGUCAAGAAGGCUGAGCAGAAGAUGAAGGGUGGCGGUGGUCUUUGGGGCUAUCUCUCCGGCGGACCCAAGUACGAUGAGGCCAUUGAAAUCUACCAGCAAGCAGCGAACCAGUACAAGAUGGCCAAGAUGUGGCAGGAGGCUGGGAACUGCUUCGUGCAGUGUGCCUUUUGCGCGGAAAAGUCGGGCUCGCAGUCCGACCAGGCCAACUACCUCUCCGAAGCUGGCAACGUGUUGAAAAAGGUCUCCACGCAGCUUGCGGUCGAACAGCUGGAACAGGCCGUAAGCAUCUACAGCGCAGGUGGCCGAUUCCAGCAGGCUGGCAAGCUCCUCCUCUCUGUUGCAGAACUGUAUGAGGCGGAGCGCCUGCAGCACAAGGAGUGCAAGGUCUUCUACAAGCGGGCGGCUGAGAUGUUUGAGCUCGCGGACCACUCCGAGUCAAACUUUUCAAAGUGCAACCUCAAGUAUGCGGAGUUCGCCGCUAAGGACGGCGAACUGGAGGAAGCCAUUCGGAUAUUUGAAUCCGAGGGUGAGAAGGCCCUUGGCAAGACCUUGCUUCAAUUUGGAGCCAAGGAGCAUUUCCUGAACGCCGGAAUCCUGCACUUGGUAGGCCCGGUGGCUUCACCACCCCUGGAAGCAACGAGAAACGACCGCAGCAAACACAGCAUGCAAAGCUGCUGUUGA